AUAUCAGAAAUGCUGUUCUUCUUAAAGUGUUGAUUUAAUUUAAGUUUUCAAAAUGAUUCGAAUAUUAAAAAUAGUUACUAUUGUUUUAUGUUGCGUAAUCACUUUUGUUUGCUCUAGUACCAUGUUAAUUGAUACAUUAAGGGCCCAUACAUACACAAAUAACCCAUUACCGGCGAUAAGUUCUUACUCUAUAAAAACAAAUGUGACAAAUAGAUUUGCGGAAACCAUGGUUACAAGCGUGGUACGUAACGUAAAGGGCUAUCCUAGAAAAACCAUAUUUUCCGUGGUUAUACCAGAAAACGCAUUUGUUACAAAGUUUACAAUGGAAAUAAAUAAUAGGGUAUAUGAAUCAUUUGUUGUUGGUAUUGACGAAGGACAAAACUAUAUAAAUAUACAUAACACAGGUGCACAUGUAAGCGUAAGAAACUCAAAUGAAUUUGAUUUGGCUGUUAAUUUAGAACCAUUUAGCACAACAGUAUUUAAACUGCAUUACGAAGAACUUCUUGAACGAAAAAAUGGAAAAUAUGAGAUUAUUGCCAAUAUUUUUCCCAGGCAACUUGUCGAAAAUUUGGAGGUCGAGGUUAUUAUUAAAGAGGACGAAAAAAUAGCCUACUUCAAUUCGCCAUACUUGAAAACUGGCGAUAUUAUUCUGAAAAACCAGACUGACUAUAAAGCUGAUGUUUUCGCAAACAUUACUUCGCACACAGGUUAUAUCAAAUUUACUCCCGGCAUGGUUAACCAAUUUAAAUUGGCAUGUGAUGGUCUAAGAGGUGUUAACAGUUUUGCAGCCCAAUUUGUUGUAGCCUACGAUGUAACAAGAUCUUCUCCAAGCCAGGUUUUGGCAGAUGGUGAAUUUUUCGUGACGUAUUUUUCACCGCCGAAUUUAAAGCCCUUAGAACAAUUUAUAAUUUUUGUGCUAGAUGUAAGUGGUAGUAUGGAUGUAGAAAAUAGACUUAAACAUUUAAAAGAAGCUAUGCAUUUAAUUCUUGAUACAGUCUCUGAUAAGGAUGUUUUUAAUAUAAUAACAUAUAGCUACGAAAGUACAUCAAUGUUAAUAGACAAUUCUGUGAAGAAAGAAGCAUAUCCAGCGACUAAAAGUAAUAUACAAAAUUCUAAAAACCUAAUUGACCAAUUGAUAGCAGACGGUGGGACCAACAUUUAUGACGCACUUAAAACAACAUUGGACCUAAUUGAAACAAUACAAAAAAACACAGCAAAUUCUUACACUUCAAAAAUUGUAUUUCUUACGGAUGGAGACCCAACUGUUGGUAUAACAGAUCCGAAUUUAAUAAUUUCUGAGAUAUCUCAACAAAAUAUUGACCUAAAAGCGCCAAUAUAUACAAUAUCGCUGGGAGAAAGUGCAAACCGAACCUUGCUUAUAAAUUUGGCUUCAAACAACAACGGUUUUGAAACUCACAUUUAUGAUCAGACCGAUAAACAGGAACAACUAAAGGAUUUUUACGAGAGAAUAAAGUCACCUGUACUAAAAAAUAUACAAUUUAAAAACUUAAACGAUAUAACUGACAUGACAACGUCUAAUGUUCCACUUUUGUUCGAUGGUUCUGAAAUAAUAGCUGCCGGAAAAGGUGGAAUGUGGAAGAUAACUAGAAAUACACCUUUUGUAACAACAGGUCAAACAAAUAAUGGAACAAUUGAAUACAAGCCAUCAGUUAAGGUACCUUCCGCAAAAUUAGACCGCUUAUGGGCAUACCUAUAUGUGAAGCAACUACUUAAAAAUAGUCUGAUAUCCAAAAACCCUGAAGAGUUAAGAAAGAAAGCUAGAGACGUGGCCAUAACCUACUCUUUAGUCACCGAUGUUACCAUGUUGAUAGCCAGAGGGUUACCUAAUGGAAAUCGUUCAAUCAAUCUCGUUAGGGAUUACACUCCUAGGGAAUCAAUUGAACAGAACCGUUUGUGUAGAAGAAUUUCAUGGCCAGCUGCUACACGAGGUCCUCUAAUUUAUACCACGACUGCUGUGACUACGACUGCUGUGACCACUUCUGCACCUACAGCAAAGCAUACUUCCACUUCUAUAUACACGACUGCACCAUCUUAUCCCAGUUGGAGCACUAAUAGAUACGAUUUUAGUACAUUGUAUUCUUCUACAACCAAAAAUUAUCCUUUUUACACAUACACAACUAGAUCACCAUAUUGGAACAAUCAAAAUGUUACUACUGAAAGUAUACCUACUACCACCAAUAAUCCAAAAAAAUCGUUUACACCUGAUGCAUGUCUUUUGAACUCAGACCAAGGUCCCUGUCGAGCAUACACCACCAAGUUUACCUUUGACAAGAGGUAUGGCGUUUGCAGACCAUUCAGGUAUGGUGGUUGUUUAGGAAACGAAAACAAAUUUGAUUCCUUAGAAGAGUGCAGCAAAAACUGUGUCACUAUGGAAGAUUACGAUAAGUGUUCCCUACCUGCAAUGAGAGGUCCUUGUUCGGCUAAUUUAUCAAAAUGGUUUUUCGAUCAAAAUGAUAACGAAUGCAAAGAAUUUUCAUAUGGAGGAUGUCGAGGUAAUUCCAACAAGUUUGAAAGUAAAACGGAUUGCGAGAGGGAUUGCAUUAAAUCUGAAAAAAGAGACAUAUGCCAAUUUGUACCUGAUUUAAACGAUACUAAUUGUGGAAUAUCUAAAAUAAAUUAUUAUUACAAUGUAGAUAAAUGCGUACCUUUCAAAUACACAGGUUGUGAUAAGACCCGAAAAGGUUUUGAAAGCCUUGAUAAAUGUAAAAUAUCGUGUGAAAAAAGCUCCGUAAACUGCGGUUACUCAUUUGAUCCAGGACAUUGCAAUAAUUUUACUCGCCAGUGGUAUUUUGAUGUUAAAUUUGGAAGCUGUGUAAUGUUUAGUUAUAGCGGAUGCGGAGGUAACGGAAACCGUUUUGCGACUGAAGAUGAGUGCAAUCAAGUAUGCCGUUUUGUUGAAACCAUAGAUAAAUGCAAUCUCCCAAAAUCUCCUGGAACCUGUAGGGAAGUAUCCAAAAGAUGGUAUCACGAUUACGAAAAACAAGAAUGUUUUGAAUUUGAUUAUCAUUGCUAUGGAAACACGAAUAAUUUUAAUUCAGAAGACGAAUGUUAUUCAAAUUGUGCUGUAAGAAGAAACUAAAAUAAAACAUAUUCCUCUUACAGUAGUACUGUGGGGAAAACAAAUGACCCCAGUUGAAAUAAAUGUAUAUAAAUUAUUAAUAAAGUAUUUGUUAAAACCUUGAA